AGAAGAAGCGAAACGCAUUGGAAUCGAAACGGCGACGCUUCAAAUUCCAAUGGCGGAUCCGAUUCCUUCAGCAGCACCGCACAGAUCCAACACCGACUUCUUCUCCGACCCCCUGGACUCCCACCCCCUCUGGUUCAAGCCCUCUCUCUUCCUCUCCCCUGACUUCGACUCCGAGGCCUACAUCUCCGACCUCCGCACCUUCGUCCCCUUCGACACUCUCCGAUCCGAGCUCCAGUCCUACCUCGCCUCCCUCAACCACGACCUCAUCGACCUCAUCAACCGCGACUACGCCGACUUCGUCAACCUCAGCACCAAGCUCGUCGAUGUCGACUCCGCCGUGGUGCGGAUGCGGGCCCCGCUUGUGGAGCUGAGGGAGAAGAUCGAGCAGUUCCGCGGCUCCGUGCAGGGAUCGCUUGUGGCGCUCACGAAUGGUUUGAAGCAGAGAUCCGAGGCUGCGGAGGCUAGAGAGAUCUUGGAGCUUCUCCUUGAUACCUUUCACGUCGUCUCUAAGGUUGAAAAACUGAUAAAGGAGUUACCGAGUGUGCCUGCCGACUGGUCAAACGGAGAUGUGAAUUUGGCAGAGAAGAAUUUCAUCAGCAACGGGACUGCCGAGAAUGGGACUAGUCAAACGAAGAAUGUCAUCAGCAACGGGACUACCGAGAAUGGGACUAGUGUUAGAGAUACUCAAAGCAUGCUUUUGGAGAGAAUUGCCAGUGAGAUGAAUCGCCUCAAGUUCUAUAUUGCUCACGCACAGAACCUGCCUUUCAUUGAAAACAUGGAAAAGAGAAUUCAGGGUGCUAGCCUAUUGUUAGAUGCCAGCCUGGGACAUUGUUUUGUAGAUGGACUGGAACAUCGAGAUGCAAAUGCAAUUUACAAUUGCCUAAGGGCAUAUGCUGCCAUUGAUAAUACAAGGAGUGCAGAAGAACUUUUCCGAACAACCAUUGUCGCCCCACUAAUACAAAAAGUUAUUCCACAUGGAGCAUCAUGGGCAGCUGGAAAGCCAUCUGGAGAUGAACUUGAGAAUGAUUAUGAGCAAAUAAAGGAAUGCAUUCAGAAAGACUGCAAAUAUUUGGUGGAAAUUUCGUUUGAAGAAAAUUCUGGUUUGCAUGUGUUCGACUUCUUGGCGAAUUCAAUUCUCAAAGAGGUUCUCUCAGCAAUCCAAAAGGGAAAACCUGGUGCUUUUUCUCCUGGACGACCAACAGAAUUUCUGAAAAAUUAUAAAUCGAGCCUAGAUUUCCUGGCUCAUCUGGAAGGUUACUUUCCGUCCAGAGCAGCUGUUUCCAAAUUUCGAGCAGAAGCUGUAUAUAAUGAGUUCAUGAAGCAAUGGAACCUUGGGGUUUAUUUCUCUUUGAGGUUUCAGGAGAUCGCGGGUGCUCUAGAAUCUGUACUUGCGGCGACUAGUCUCGUCCCACUACAAAAUGUACAUUCUCGUGAAGGAAAUUCUCUGGAUUUAACAUUAAAACAAAGUGCUACUUUGUUGGAGUGCUUGGAAUCCUGUUGGAGAGAAGAUGUUGUUGUUCUUUCUUAUUCUGACAAGUUUCUGCGCUUAUCAUUGCAGCUUCUUUCAAGAUACUCAAGUUGGUUGUCAUCUGGACUAGCUGCUCGGAAGAAGGGUAAUGCUGGCUCCAAUCCUGGCUGUGAAUGGGCUAUUUCAACUGUACCAGAUGAAUUUCUUUAUAUUAUUCAUGACAUAAAUUGCCUUCACACAAGGGUUUGUGGGGACUUUCUUGAACAUGUACUUGAGCUCCUUUCAUCAUGCUCUGGUGAUACACUUGAUCAUGUAAAACGGAGUAUUCUACACGGAGGAAAAGCAUUGGAUGCUUUAGCACCUGCCAUCAUCAACACCAUUGUGGAGACUCUGGUUGAGAAGUCUGGUGAGGACUUGAGACAGCUAAAGGGAAUAACAGCAACAUACAGGAUGACUAAUAAACCUCUUCCUGUUAGACACUCACCCUAUGUGUCAGGAGUAUUACGGCCUUUGAAGGUGUUUUUGGAUGGGGAGCGAGCUUCAAGGUAUCUGAAAGAAGAUGCUAAGAAUGAACUAGUGCUUAGUGCUGCUACUGAGAUUACUGGUCGAUAUUAUGAGUCAGCUGCUGAACUCGUCAGUGUGGCUAGGAGAACAGAGUCUUCACUCCAGAAAAUUAGGCUAGGUGCACAGAGACGAGGUGGAGCAGUAGAUGUCUCGGAUUCCAAUGUGUCCGACACUGACAAGAUUUGCAUGCAAUUAUUCCUAGACAUUCAGGAGUACGGCCGUAACCUGAGAGCCCUUGGCGUCGACGCUGCCAAUAUCGAAUCUUACCGCUCAUUGUGGCAAUGUGUUGCUCCUGCAGACAAUCAAGGUGUGAUUAAUUUCUAGAGUUUUGGGUGUUUGGCAUGAGCCAUUUGUAGAUGUACCUUUUAGUCUCAAGAAUUUUGGUGUAGUUGUGAAAUGCAUCUUUAUAUAUUAUUGAUUUAUCGUAACGUUUGGUAAUCAAACAUCAAUGGAAGAUCAUACAUUCAUACUUGUU